AGUAUAUAGUUGCAAAAUUCCACUUUAGAAACAGAAUAAAAAAUAAUUGAACAUCACACUUAUGCCGUGUUCCAGUCACUCUUCAACAUUCUACUCAUUUUCAAAUAUCCUUUCUAUACUUUUAAAAUUAUUUUAUUCUUAUGUUCCGAUCCUUCGCUAUAUAUAUUUAUAAAAUCACACAUUGCUUAAUCACUUCAAAUCUAAUCCACAAAAGCAUUCACACAAUCUCAUCUCUAUCUCUCUCUGUCUCUCUUUUCCUUUUCUCAUUAAAGUUCUUUUAAAAGAAAUGGAAGAUUACGAGCAAAACUCAAACUCUCCAACUCAUGAAGAAGAUUCUGAUGUACGGAAAGGUCCAUGGACCGAGGAAGAAGAUGCAAUCCUAGUCAACUUCGUCUCUAUCCAUGGUGAUGCUCGUUGGAACCACAUCGCUCGUUCCUCUGGGCUAAAGAGAACUGGUAAGAGUUGCAGAUUAAGAUGGCUUAACUACUUACGUCCAGAUGUUAGAAGAGGCAACAUCACUCUCGAAGAACAAUUUAUGAUCCUCAAACUCCAUUCUCUUUGGGGCAAUAGGUGGUCGAAGAUUGCACAGUAUUUACCGGGAAGAACAGAUAAUGAAAUAAAGAAUUAUUGGAGAACUCGAGUCCAAAAGCAAGCUAAACACCUAAGAUGCGAUGUUAAUAGUAAUCUUUUCAAGGAGACGAUGAGAAAUGUUUGGAUGCCGAGAUUGGUGGAAAGAAUUAAUGCUCAAUCAUCACCCGCCACGUGUGAGCCAGUGGAGUCAAUGAUCACCGACCCAGGUCAACCUAUUAAAGAACCGAUUCCGGUCGAACCGGGUUUCCUUCAAUUCAACCAGCAAUUUGUACCGGCAUUGGAAUUGUCCGCAACGUCUUCGAAUUCGCUGGCUGAGACGUUAUCGGACGUUCAAGGUGGGGUGGUGAACGGGUCGGGUAGUGACCCGGCGGGUCAAACGGGUUUCGGAGAGUUCAACGAUUGGGGCUGUGUUGGUGGGGACAACAUAUGGACCGAUGAGGAGAGUUUUUGGUUCUUGCAGGACCAGUUCUGCCCCGAAACGACAUCGUAUUCGUAUAAUUAAGGAAAUAUACGAUUACGAUACGUAACGAGGAAUUCAAUUGCGUCACGUUUGGUGCAGUAAUAUUCAUUCGUGCGUGAUGCCAUUUUAGAUACGGCCUUGGUAUACGAAUCUUGACUUAAUUAUUAUGUUUUUUUCUUUUCUUUUUCUCUUGUUUUAUACAUCCCCCGAUUAAAUUAAGAUUUGAUCAUCACGGGAGGAUGUUGUGAUUCACUGAUUUGUGAUAUAUCAUAUAUGACAUAUGUGAAUUAUUGGA